AUAAAACAGAUGACGAUGUGCAUAACUGUAAGCAGAGAUAUGGUAGGAGAUAGCCCAAAGACAAGUAUUCACUGCGAUUCCUGCAUGGAUAACGAGAAGUUACUGGCACACAUUAGAGAUACGAUGAGGCAAGAGAUGGCCAUAUUAUCGGAUCAGUUUCAAGUGCUCUUCAAUGAGUUUGAGGAACAAAAGCAGCUGUUAAGACAGAUCGUAGGCAGAGAGAGCUCCUCCAGCCUAGGCGAUGGCGAUGAAUCUCCAUUUAGGACAGCGGUUCGACCUCCACGUCGCAAACCCAAGCAACCGAAAUAUCAAUAAAGUAUUCUCAAGUUUUUUCGACACACACACACACACA